CAGAAACAAGAUGGCGGAGCACAGCAGCCGCUGCGGCUCCUGAAACAGGCGGGUUCGGUAGAAUUUUUCGGGACUUUGCUGAACCCCGUUUACCCCGUCCGAACCGGAUUCAUGAACUUCCCGAACCGGCUCUGACGGCCCGUUCCCCGGCUGGUUGAGUCUGUCCGCCGCCUGAAGCCCCGAUCACCGAGAAGGUCUGAGGCGGAGCGUCCAUCAUGGCGGCGGCGUCUUACGACCAGCUGCUGAGGCAGGUUGAGGUGCUGAAGAUGGAGAACUCCAACCUGAGACAGGAGCUGCAGGACAACUCCAACCACCUGACCAAGCUGGAGACGGAGGCGUCCAACAUGAAGGAAGUGCUGAAGCAGCUGCAGGGCACCAUAGAAGAAGAGUCCGGGGAGGCAUCCGGCUCCCAGCUGGAGCUCAUAGAGCGACUGAAAGAAAUGAGUUUGGACCCGGCCGGCUUCAGGACCAGAACCAGGGCUCCUCCACCUCCUUCGUCGUCCUCCAGCUCUGCCUCCUCUUCGUCUGGAACGAUAGCGGGAGCCACCGGGGGAACCGGGGGGCCCGGGGCCCAGGGGCCGAACCCGGCCGCCUUCCCCAGGAGAGGAGCUCCGACUGCGGGGAGAGACGGCCACGACCGCUGCCUGGAGGAGCUGGAGAAGGAGAAGUCCCUCCUAUUGGCUGAGCUGGAGAAGGAGGAGAAGGAGAAGGACUGGUACUACGCUCAGCUCCAGAACCUCACCAAGAGGAUCGACAGCCUGCCGCUCACUGAGAACUUCACGCUGCAGACAGACAUGAGUCGCCGUCAGCUGGAGUUCGAGGCUCGCCAGAUCCGCUCAGCCAUGGAGGAGCAGUUGGGGUCCUGUCAGGAGAUGGAGAGGAGAGCUCAGGCUCGUGUGUCUCGUAUUCAGCAGAUAGAGAAAGACAUCGUGAAGCUGGGCGCCCGACUGCAGCAGGUGGAGGGCUCUCAGAGUGCAGGGGAUGGUGGUGGAUUGGCUGGAGCUCAGAGCUCCAGCAGCCGAUUGGACCAGGAGUCUGCUAAUGAGACCAGCUACUCAGUGCCUCGACGAAUCACCAGCCACCUUGGAACGAAGGUGGAGAUGGUGUACAGCCUGCUGUCCAUGCUGGGGACUCACGACAAGGACGACAUGUCGCGCACGCUGCUCGCCAUGUCCAGCUCGCAGGACUCCUGCAUCGCCAUGCGCCAGUCUGGCUGCCUGCCGCUGCUCAUCCAGCUGCUGCACGGCAACGACAAGGACUCCCUGUUGCUAGGUAACUCUCGUGGAAGCAAGGAGGCACGAGCGCGGGCGUCGGCCGCGCUGCACAACAUCGUCCAUAGCCAGCCAGACGACAAGCGAGGCCGACGCGAGAUUCGGGUGCUGCACCUGCUGGAGCAGGUCCGCCAUUACUGCGAGGCGUGCUGGAGCUGGCAGGAGAGCCACGAGAGGGGCGUCGACCAGGAGGACAACCCCAUGCCGUCUCCUGUGGAGCAUCAGAUCUGUCCCGCUGUCUGCGUGCUCAUGAAGCUGUCCUUCGACGAGGAGCACCGCCACGCUAUGAAUGAGCUGGGGGGCCUCCAAGCGGUGGCGGAGCUGCUGCAGGUGGACUGUGAGAUGUUUGGUCUGAGCAGCGACCACUACAGCGUCACCUUGAGGCGAUACGCUGGCAUGGCGCUCACCAACCUCACCUUCGGAGAUGUGGCCAAUAAGGCCACGCUAUGCUCCAUGAAGGGCUGCAUGAGAGCCAUGGUGGCCCAGCUCAAGUCUGAGAGCGAAGACCUGCAGCAGGUGAUAGCCAGUGUCCUGAGGAACCUGUCAUGGCGCGCUGAUGUCAACAGCAAGAAGACGUUGCGUGAGGUCGGCAGCGUGCGAGCGCUGAUGGGCUGUGCUCUUGAAGUGCAGAAGGAGUCGACGCUGAAGUCUGUACUGAGCGCGCUCUGGAACCUGUCGGCCCACUGCACGGAGAACAAGGCGGACAUCUGCGCGGUGGACGGCGCUCUGGCCUUUCUGGUGGGAACUCUCACGCACCGCAGCCACACCAACACGCUCGCCAUCAUCGAGAGCGGCGGAGGGAUCCUGCGCAACGUCUCCAGCCUCAUCGCCACCAACGAGGCGCACAGGCAGAUCCUGCGGGAGCACGGCUGCCUGCCGACUCUGCUGCAGCAUCUGAAGUCGCACAGCCUGACCAUCGUGUCCAACGCCUGCGGCACGCUGUGGAACCUGUCGGCGCGAGAUGCCCGCGACCAGGAGACGCUCUGGGAGCUGGGAGCCGUGGGCAUGCUGCGCAAUCUCAUCCACUCCCGCCACAAGAUGAUCGCCAUGGGCAGCGCUGCCGCCUUGCGCAACCUAAUGGCCAACCGCCCCGCACGCUACAAGGACGCCAGUGUGGUGUCGCCCGGCGCCGGCGCACCAUCGCUCCACGCCCGCAAGCAAAAAGCGCUGUUUGAAGAGCUGGAUGCCCAGCAGCUGUCAGAGACCUUCGAUAACAUCGACAACCUGAGCCCCAAAGCCGCCAACAGGAAGGGGCGGAGCUGCAACGGCGCUGGAAGCAGCACCACUCACUCCUACACCAACACGCCGGUGCUGUCCAGCCCGAAAGGCAGCGAGGGAGCGAAGAGAGCAAGCGAAGAGGCGGCAUACGCACGGCCGGCGUUCCCACCCAGCGUGCGCGCCUCCAGCGAUAGCCUCAACAGCGUGACCAGCACUGAUGGCUACGGCAACCGCGGCAAGACCAAACCGUCCUCCGACGUCUUCUACUCCUCUGACGAGAGCGCCGCCAACAAGUGCUGCGUCUACAGGAAGUACCCGGCUGACCUGGCGCACAAGAUACGCAGCGCCAACCACAUGGCAGACGAUGACGGCGCCGAGCUGGACACGCCCAUCAACUACAGCCUGAAGUACUCGGACGAGCAGCUGAACUCGGGACGGCAGAGUCCAAGCCAGGACGGCGAGCAGGACACCCGGCUGCGCCGUGGCAACACCAGUGAAGCGGGGCAGAGUGGCGGCCGCAUGGCGGCAGGGCAGCCGCCGCGAUACGUCGUCGUCUCGGCAACGUCCUCCUAUGGCGGUGACGCCGUACCGGAGCAGCCGAUCGACUAUAGCCUGAAGUAUGGAGAUGAGUCGGCGCGCAAAGAGACUGCCAUCCCCUCGCUAGCUCCUCCCACUUCCUCCUCCAACAACAAGCUCCGCCCCCUGCCAGCCACCGCGCGCUCUGCGGCCAAGAGCAACCAGGAGUCAACGCAGACGUACUGUGUGGAGGAUACGCCCAUCUGCUUCUCUAGGGGUAGCUCCCUAUCCUCUCUGUCCUCUGAGGAAGAUGAGGAUGCUGAUGUCGUGAGGAAGACUAAAGGCAGCGGCAACGACUACCCGACACUUCCUGUCAGCGAGAAAGACGCUCAGGAGCAGCAGCAACGGCAGCAGAAGGAGGCCGAGAGUCAGACGUCAGCCGUGCGGUCCACAAGAGGACGAAGGGGCCACCACCACCACCACGGCCACCAUCAUCACCAUCACCACCACCUGACCUCAUCGUCGGGCGCCAGGACUCCCAAGAGCCCCCCAGAGCCGCCGUACGCGCAGGAGACGCCGCUGAUGUUCAGCCGCUGCACGUCGGUCAGCUCGCUGGACAGCUUCUCCACGUCGUCCAUCGCCAGCUCAGUGCGCUCCAGCGAGCCGUGCAGCAGCGAGCCGAGCGGCGUGGUGAGCCCCAGCGACUUGCCUGACAGCCCGGGUCAGACCAUGCCGCCCAGUCGCGCCAAGACGCCGCCGCCGCCGCCCGCCCAGGGCGAUGCGCCGACACAGGGAGUCAAGAAGGAGGAGGAGGGGGACGUGUUGCUGCACUUUGCUACGGAGAGCACACCCCACGGCUUUUCCCGUGCCUCCAGUCUGAGCGCGCUCAGUCUGGACGAGCCUUACAUUGCAGCCGAGAUGAAGGAGGCGGCGGCGGCGGCGGGCAGCGAGGAGACGAAGCCGGUGCCUCUCAAGCCCAUUCUGGACGAAUCUGACGAUGACAACGAGAUCCUGGUGGCGUGCAUCAACAUGGCCAUGCCCAAGUCCUCCCAGAAGCCCAAGAAGCCUCCACCAGCAGCGCCACGGAAACCCAGCCAGCUUCCUGUCUACAAGCUCCUCCCACCGCAGAUCCGGCCGCCGCCGCAGAGGAAGGAGGUGCCACCAAUGCCGGAGGAAGUGCCCCGUGUUUACUGUGUGGAGGGAACGCCACUCAACUUCUCCACCGCCACGUCGCUCAGCGACCUCACCAUCGACUCCCCACCCAAUGAGGAGGCGGCUCCGCCCCCAUCCGCCCCCAGGACCCGGCCGGCGGUCCCAGAGGGCGAGAAUGGCGAUGACAUCCUGGCCGAGUGCAUCAGCGCCGCCAUGCCCAAAGCCAAGCCCCGCAAACCAAUCAGAACGGCAGACAGCGGCGAGCGCUGCCAGGCCCCGCCCUCGACCGUAUCUCCACCGCAGGUGAAGAAAAAGCCCACCUCCCCCGUGAAGCCCAUGCCUCAGCGGGCGCCAUAUGGUGUCGUCGCAGCGACACCCACCAAGCCCAAGCCGGGAUUCGCCUUCGACUCGCCUCGCCACUACACGCCCAUCGAGGGGACGCCAUGUUGCUUCUCACGCAACGACUCGCUGAGCUCCCUGGACUUCGAAGAAGACGAAGCUACUGAGAAGGACGCUGAGGACCGAAAGAGCAAGGAGGAGGAAAACAGGAAGCGGAAGCAGCAGACAGUCGCCAUCUUCCCCCGCACCAAACCGCCGGCCAAUCAGACGGUGGCGGACGAGAAGCAGAAGUUCACCAUGGAAGACACGCCCGUCUGCUUCUCCAGGAACCCGUCACUGAGCUCGCUGAGCGACAUCGACCAGGAGAACAACAACAAGGAGUUCGCCCAGGCCCCGCAGCACGAGGAGGAGGAGGAGGAAGAGGAGGAAGAGGAGGAGGCACUUCCUGUUGCUGGACAGGUGGAGUCGAAGCCCCGCCCCCCUGCGGCCAGCGGCUACGCCCCCAAAGCGUUUCACGUGGAGGACACGCCCGUCUGUUUUUCCAGGAACUCGUCCCUCAGCUCCCUCAGCAUCGACUCAGAGGACGACCUGCUGCAGGAGUGCAUCAGCUCUGCCAUGCCCAAGAAGAAAAAAAAGUCCACCGCACCACCCGCCGCCACAUCUCCCACCGCCACGCCACCUGCCACCACGCUGCCCGCCGCCCCUGUUCCCUUUGCCAAGGCAGAUGAGGACAUCCUGGCAGAGGAGGAGCCCUCGGAGGCGCCCCGCAGUCCGCCCUCUCCAGACUCUGAGUCCUUCGACUGGAAGGCCAUCCAGGAAGGAGCCAACUCCAUCGUUAGCAGCCUGAACGCCGCCGCCUCGGCCCUGUCCCGCCAGCCGUCCUCAGACUCCGACUCCGUCCUGUCCCUGAAGUCCGUCGGCUCGCCUUUCCACCUGCCGGCGGCCAGCCGGACCACUGAGGACGACGAGGCAGCGUUGCAGGUCAAGCGCUGCGCCCGCAUCCUGAAGCCUGGCGAACGCAGCAGCCUAGAGGCCAAGAGGGAAGAGGAGGAGGAUGAGGAGGAGGCGAAGGCCCUGCGUGGAGGGAAGAAGGUCUACCGCAGUCUGAUCACAGGAAAACCGAGGGCGGAGCCGGCUGCCAGGGGGCGGAGCAAGCCCCGAGCUGCCGCUGCCGCCAAGGCUCCAGGUGGCACCGACUCUGCUGACAGAGGGGGCGGGUCCUCUCGAGACUCCACCCCUUCCCGACCCUCUGCUCCGGCCAAUCAGAAGGCAGGAAAGCUGUCCCAGCUGCCGCGUACCGCCUCUCCAGGAAGUGCCUCGUCAUCAUCUUCCUCCAGAGCCGCCAAGGGCGCGCCGAAGGGCAGCGGCCUCCCCCGUAGCGAGUCAGCCUCCCGUCUCGCCGGCUCUGCCCAAUCCAGGAAGCAGAAGGCGGAGCCAGAGAAGCCGGCGUUGGUCCGCCAGUCAACCUUCAUCAAGGAAGCUCCGAGCCCCACGCUGAAGAGGAAGUUGGAGGAGUCUUCCUCCUCCACUGCCAUGGAGCCGCAGUCCAGCCCCGAGACGCCGCUUCCCCCUGCCGCCCAUCGCUCGCACUCUGAGAGCCCGUCUCGCCCGCAGGAAGUAACCUCAUCACGUAUAAGCCGCACCGGCACCUGGAAGCGUGAGGCCAGCGGCGGCUCCGGAGUGAGCGGCGGGAAACACUCGACCUCGCUGCCGCGCGUCGGCACCUGGAAGCGGACGGGAAGCUCCUCCUCUGUGCUGUCGGCGUCCUCAGAGUCCAGCGAGAAGGGGCGGGGUGAGGACGGUGGCCGUGGUGACGCCAAGGGGACAUGGCGGAAGAUGAAGAGCGGAGGCGAGUCGACAGCUGCCAAGUCGGAGGACGUCUGGGUCCGCCUGGAGGACUGUCCCGUUAACAACCCGCGCUCGCCGUCCGCCUGCUCAGCGCGCUCGCCUACCGCCGCCAACGCCCCGCCUGUCAUUGAUAGCCCCGCCCCCUCCAAAAUCCCCUCUUCGUCCUCUUCGUCCUCUUCCAACCUCAACCUUCGGCGGAGCUGUGAGAGCCUGGAAGAGCAGGCUCCGCCCCCUCCUGACCGCCAGCAGCAACGCAACCAGCCGCGCAGCGGCGCCGUGGCGGCGCGCGUCAGCCCCUUCAACUACACGCCCAGCCCCAGGAAGAACAGCCCCGAGCUUAGCUCCGCUCCCUCGCAGCCUGCCGGCGGCACAUCAGCCACGCCCGCGCGGCCCUCGCUCAUCCCGACCCCCGUGACCAAGAAGAGAGAGCCGAAGGGCGGAGACGGUGGCGGCGGCGAACGCGGCUCCUACAUUGUCACGUCUGUGUGAGUCUGGAACAGGAAGUGAUGUCUGGGAACCGAACUGUACUGGAAGUGAUUCAAUGUUUUGGCUCCGCCCCCAUCCCGCUGCUGCUUGAUUAGCUCCUCCCACCUGCCUGAGAGGAACCUUUCUAUGUUUUUAUACCACUGAUCUGUAGCGCUUAGCUCCGCCCCCUGCCCUGCAUGGCCCUGCCCCUUCAGAACAGCGUUCCCAUGGCGACCUGAAGGUGAUGAUAUUGAUGUUUCUGGUAGCUGUAGCGUCUGGAAGGUUUGGUUCUGAACACAGCCUGAUCUGUGGUCCGGUACCAGAACCAGAACCUUCGGGCCGGGUCUGAUUAACCCACUAACCUUCGAGCCAAUCAGGUCCAGUUAAACUUCUGUUCAGAACCGGCUUUGUUCAGAACCUGAUGCUUCCUGUCCUGUCGCCAUGGAAACGAGUAACACUGUAAAGCGUAAGUUAUUGCUGUAAACUGCAGCUAAUUUAACCGAUUGAGCUGCAGCAGAGACUCACUGCAGGUGAUCAAUAAAGUUCAACACAAGCUGC